AUGACACCGAACUCACACUUCAAUUCUGAUUUAAAUGGAUCUCAGAGACCAUCAGGUGUAACAGGUAAAAGUUUCAGGAAUACUACCUUAACCACACCUGUUAACAAACCAGAUAGUUAUCAACAAAAUAUUAACACAGAAAAUAGAUUGUCCAACACACUCACCCCACGUAAUAAACAGAGUGAUGGUCCUGAAGUUCCACUUAUUGGAAACAGCACAGGACCUGAUCCACAGUUGACAGAAUCUAAUCAUAUAGAGACAGAGACUCACAGCCCCUCACAGAUACUAAGUAAUGGGAGAGAGAACCAAGUCCAAGAAGAUUUGUCAGUAGCCCUCUUCAAUGAUGUAGAUGCCCAUUCCAUAUCUUCAGACUCUGUGCUAUAUCCAUAUGGACCAUCAAAAGGAGAUAUUACAAACCCAAAAAUUGAUGAUGGUGGAUCAUCUUUAAUUCCCUUAGGAGUAUCUUUUCCAUUUUUUGGAACAUCUUAUAGAUCAUGUUAUGUGAACAACAAUGGACUUAUUUCCUUUAAUGUAUCGGUGGGACAGUAUACUCCUGAUGCAUUUCCUCUGGCAGAUGGGCGAGCCUUUAUUGCCCCAUUCUGGGCAGAUGUGGACAAUCGCUUGUAUGGUGAUGUGUACUACAGAGAAAACUCAGAUCCUGCACUUCUUCAAAGGGCUACAACAGAUGUAAACAGAUACUUCCCAGAUCUGCAUUUUACUGCUAACUGGGUGUUUGUGGCAACAUGGGACAGAGUAGCCUAUUAUGGUUCAUCAUCAACAAAGGAAAAUACAUUCCAAGCUGUUCUGAUCUCAGAUGGAACACAGUCAUUUAUUUUCCUAAAUUACGAUAUCAUACAGUGGACAACCGGUACAGCAAGUGGAGGUAACUCUUCAACAGGACUAGGAGGAAUACCUGCACAGGCUGGUUUUAACAGUGGAAAUUCAACAUAUUAUUUCAGCACCCCAGGGUCCAGAUCUCCAAGCAUCCUGAAUAUUCAAUCAACAAGCAAUGUCAACAUUCCAGGCCGAUGGGUAUUCAGAACAGAUUUGUUUAGUGUUCCUGGAGGCUGUGUUUAUAAUGCACAAUUUUUGAGAACCGGUGAUGUAUUCUGGGAAGACAGUACCUGUAGAUCGAAGUGUAGAUGCUCAGAAAGCAAUACUGUCAUCUGCCAGGAUGAAGGUUGUUCUACUUAUGAGCAAUGCCAGCUAUCCUCCUGGUACUAUGUUUGCCAAUCAGUUGGCUCAAAAACAUGCUCAGCAUCCGGAGAUCCUCAUUACUACACUUUUGAUGGGCAGCUGUUUCAUUUUCAGGGCACCUGCACAUAUGUGUUAUCAAUGCUGUGCCCAGACAGGCAAGACCUCACCAGCUACAGGAUUGAAGUAAAAAAUGAGAACCGAGGAAAUGUAAUGGUGUCCUGGACAAGACUUGUGAGGGUGAUAGCUUAUGGAAAUGAAAUUACCAUGACUCGAGAUAAUACAGACCAGGUCUUGGUAAACAACAUACGAUCUUCUCUUCCUGUAUCUAUAAUGAGUGGGAAAAUCCGGGUUUAUAAGAGUGGCUUUUCAAUCACCGUCCUUACAGAUUUUGGAGUGGUUGCCAGCUAUGAUGGAUACCAUUAUGUCACUGUUUCUGUACCUCUGAGUUAUUUCAACUCUACAUGCGGACUGUGCGGCACACUAACUAAUGACAGGUCUGAUGACUUCCUAACAUCAUAUGGCACAUUGACCCACUCAGACCAAGAGUUUGCCAAAAGCUGGAGAGUGCCUGAUAACGAUACAUUAUGCCAGGAUGAGUGUAAUGAGUUAUGUUUAGAAUGUACUCCUGAAAACCGAGCUCUGUACUCUGGAAAUAACUUCUGUGGUAUAAUUACCAGUCCUCAUGGUCCAUUUAGCACAUGCAUCAGUCUUCUUCCCUCUCAGGAUGUUCUGCAGAGUUGUGUAUAUGACCUGUGUGCCACUGGUGGUUACAUGACAAGUCUGUGCCAAGCCUUGAAUUCGUAUACUGUUCGCUGCCAAGCAUUAGGGGCACCUCCACAACAAUGGCGAACUCCAGGAUUCUGCGGUAUGUUCUAG